AUGUUUUAUCUACUUCUUAUUGUACUCAUCUGUUGUGGUAAUAUCGCGACAGGCAAAUCAGCAAAGCUCGUUACCGUUACCGUUACUCUGGGCGUAAAUGAACAGACAGAAAUCUGUUGUGAUGCAAACCUUCAAAUUAGUUCUAUUCAAGACAGUCGAUGUCCACUGAAAACAGCCUGUAUUUGGGCAGGGCAAGCUAAAGUUGGCUUACUUCUUUCAAAUUCCGAAGGUUCAAGCACAACAGAACUGAUUAUUGGCGCUCAAUCGAAGCCUAAUGCGCUCGUUGCUGUGGGUAGCAAAACAUACAAUGUCACUCUUGUGCAAGUCACUCCGUAUCCUGGCGCGAGCAAAAAUCCAUCGCAAGCUACAAUACAAAUCAUCUGUCCAUAA